GGCGCGAAGUCACUCACGCGGCGCAUUCCGCCGCCCGCAGGCUCGCGGGGAAACUUCCUUAUUAUUGUGACGCCGAAAACCGAGAAAGCCCGAGCCCAGCCAGGGGCGCCCUGACAGCCGGGAUCCCACGCCGCGGUGCGGCGGCUGCAGAGAUCUGCAAGGUGUGGUGGAACACUUCUGGCUUCUAGUCCAAAUGCCAAGUGUGUGACCUGUGGCUACAUGACUCCCUGAAAGAUAAGAACAAUGUUAUGUUGGGGAUAUUGGUCUCUGGGCCAACCUGGGAUCAGCACCAACCUGCAAGGCAUCGUGGCUGAGCCCCAGGUGUGUGGAUUCAUAUCGGACAGAAGCGUCAAGGAAGUAGCCUGUGGGGGAAACCACUCCGUGUUCCUGCUGGAGGAUGGGGAAGUUUACACGUGCGGUUUGAACACCAAGGGGCAGCUGGGCCAUGAGAGGGAAGGAAACAAGCCAGAGCAAAUCGGAGCUUUGGCAGAUGAGCACAUCAUUCACGUGGCGUGCGGCGAGUCCCACAGUCUGGCCCUCAGUGACCGGGGCCAGCUGUUUUCUUGGGGUGCAGGGAGUGAUGGUCAACUAGGACUCAUGACUACUGAGGACUCCGUAGCAGUGCCCAGGUUAAUACAAAAGCUGAACCAGCAGACGAUAUUACAAGUUUCCUGUGGCAACUGGCAUUGCUUGGCUCUUGCAGCUGAUGGCCAGUUCUUCACGUGGGGAAAGAACAGCCACGGGCAGCUAGGCCUGGGGAAGGAGUUCCCCUCCCAGGCCAGCCCGCAGAGAGUGAGGUCCCUGGAGGGGAUCCCGCUGGCCCAGGUGGCUGCAGGAGGGGCCCACAGCUUUGCCCUGUCGCUCUCAGGAGCUGUUUUUGGCUGGGGGAUGAAUAAUGCGGGGCAGCUGGGGCUCAGUGAUGAAAAGGAUCGAGAGUCUCCAUGCCAUGUAAAACUCUUACGUACGCAAAAAGUUGUCUAUAUUAGCUGUGGAGAAGAACACACAGCCGUUCUCACAAAGAAUGGAGGUGUGUUUACUUUUGGUGCUGGUUCCUGCGGGCAGCUUGGACAUGACUCCAUGAAUGAUGAGGUUAAUCCAAGAAGAGUUCUAGAGCUGAUGGGUAGUGAAGUAACUCAGAUUGCCUGUGGCAGACAACACACCCUAGCUUUUGUGCCUUCUUCCGGACUCAUCUAUGCAUUUGGUUGUGGAGCAAGAGGUCAACUCGGAACUGGACACACCUGUAACGUUAAGUGCCCGUCUCCUGUCAAGGGUUACUGGGCUGCCCACAGUAGCCAGCUGUCAGCCCGAGCUGAUCGCUUUAAAUACCAUAUUGUUAAGCAGAUCUUCUCUGGAGGAGACCAGACUUUUGUACUUUGCUCCAAAUAUGAGAAUUCGUCUCCUGCUGUUGACUUCAGGACUGUGAACCAAGCACAUUAUACCAGUUUAAUAAAUGAUGAAACCAUAGCAGUUUGGAGACAAAAACUCUCAGAGCACAACAACUCGAAUACAAUGAAUGGUGUUGUACAGAUACUAUCUUCUGCAGCCUGUUGGAAUGGAAGUUUUCUCGAAAAAAAAAUUGAUGAACAUUUUAAAACAAGUCCCAAAAUCCCUGGGAUUGACCUGAACUCAACUAGAGUGUUAUUUGAGAAGUUAAUGAACUCUCAGCACUCCAUGAUUCUAGAACAGAUCUUAAACAGCUUCGAAAGUUGCCUGAUUCCCCAGUUGUCAAGUUCACCGCCGGAUGUGGAAGCAAUGAGAAUCUAUUUGAUACUACCUGAGUUUCCCCUGCUCCAGGAUUCCAAGUAUUACAUCACAUUGACUAUUCCCUUGGCUAUGGCCAUCCUGCGGCUGGACACAAACCCCAGCAAAGUAUUAGAUAACUGGUGGUCUCAGGUAUGCCCGAAAUAUUUCAUGAAGCUAGUAAACCUCUAUAAAGGUGCAGUCCUGUAUCUACUGAGGGGAAGAAAGACAUUCUUAAUUCCUGUACUGUUUAACAAUUAUAUUACAGCAGCUCUCAAGCUCUUGGAGAAGUUAUAUAAGGUAAAUCUGAAAGUGAAGCAUGUGGAAUAUGAUACAUUUUACAUUCCUGAGAUUUCCAGUCUGGUGGACAUCCAGGAAGACUACCUCAUGUGGUUCUUGCAUCAAGCAGGGAUGAAGGCUAGACCAUCUAUAAUACAGGACGCUGUAACCCUUUGCUCCUACCCGUUCAUCUUUGAUGCCCAAGCCAAGACCAAAAUGUUACAGACCGACGCUGAACUACAGAUGCAGGUGGCAGUCAACGGAGCCAACCUGCAGAACGUCUUCAUGCUUCUCACCCUGGAGCCUCUGCUGGCCAGAAGCCCCUUCCUGGUCCUUCACGUCCGCAGGAACAACCUUGUCGGAGAUGCCCUCAGGGAGCUGAGCAUUCAUUCUGAUAUCGAUCUGAAAAAGCCUCUCAAAGUAAUCUUUGAUGGUGAAGAAGCAGUGGAUGCUGGCGGUGUUACAAAGGAAUUCUUUCUUUUGCUGUUAAAAGAACUUUUGAAUCCCAUCUAUGGAAUGUUUACCUACUAUCAAGAUUCAAAUCUCUUGUGGUUUUCAGAUACAUGUUUUGUAGAGCACAACUGGUUUCACUUGAUCGGCAUAACCUGUGGCCUAGCUAUCUACAAUUCCACUGUGGUUGAUCUCCACUUCCCGCUGGCUCUCUACAAGAAGUUACUGAACGUGAAGCCUGGCUUGGAAGACUUGAAGGAGCUAUCACCCACGGAAGGAAGGAGUCUUCAAGAGCUUUUAGAUUACCCCGGGGAAGAUGUUGAGGACACUUUCUGCCUCAACUUCACGAUCUGCCGGGAAAGCUACGGCGUGGUGGAACAGAAGAAGCUGAUACCCGGGGGAGACAAAGUCACCGUGUGCAAGGACAACAGGCAGGAAUUUGUGGAUGCUUACGUGAAUUACGUCUUCCAAAUCUCAAUUCACGAAUGGUACACGGCCUUCUCCAGCGGCUUCCUCAAGGUGUGCGGUGGCAAAGUGCUUGAGCUCUUCCAGCCUUCAGAACUGAGGGCCAUGAUGGUGGGGAACAGCAACUACAACUGGGAGGAACUGGAGGAGACUGCCAUUUACAAGGGUGAUUAUUCGGCUACACAUCCCACUGUGAAACUGUUUUGGGAAACAUUUCAUGAGUUUCCAUUGGAAAAGAAGAAGAAGUUUCUCUUGUUCCUGACGGGCAGCGACCGCAUCCCCAUCUACGGCAUGGCCAGCCUGCAGAUCGCCAUCCAGCCCGCGGCCGGCGGCGAGGAGCACCUGCCGGUGGCGCACACCUGCUACAACCUGCUCGACCUGCCCCCGUACCGCAGCAAGGAGACGCUGCGCGCGCGGCUGUCGCAGGCCCUGGACAACUACGAGGGCUUCAGCCUGGCCUGAGUGUCCCCGCGCCGGGGCCUCUGCAGGAAAUCCCGGGCAGCGGGUUCUAUUUUUUUAUCGUCCGAGGGGGUGGACGCUUUCGAAUCCUGACCCUGCUCGAGGAGCUUCUGGGUUUGCAAAGCAGGGAAGCGACCUUGCUGAAAAAGGAGGGCUUAGGGAUGGGGUGAAAAAAUUGGCUCUCGUAUGGGAGGUGUUUUUGUGUUCGUUUUAAACCAGACUACCUAGUGUUCCUCGUUCCUGUGACUGUGUCGCACUCUGCUGGGUAAAUGGCGGUGGAGUGUCAAGCUGUCAUUUCCCAGAUGUCUCUCUUGGCCCUGGUCGUUCUCGUUCCAAGAAUGGUUUUGACCGAUCCGUCCUUCCUUAAACCUGCGCAUGCAGAACGUGUCCCUGUAUGCAGCCGGGGACGUGCCCGGCCUGUCGCAGCCCCUCUCUAGCCCGCAUGGAGGACAGGACCCCUUCAGAAACUCCCAGCUCCAAACAGCGGAGUCUCGGUCCAUUACUUUGGCGGGACUCUUGAGAAUUUAUGGGAGCCUUUAUAAACCCAUCUUGCUUUAAAAAAUAAAUAAAUAAAAUUCUCGAGGGAAUAGCAACCUUCCCAUGGCUGUGCCGAUUUCCUAGACCUUUUUAAAGAUGUGCAGAGCAGCUUCGAGUUGCAGCCGAGCCUGAUUUUGUUUUGUUUGCUCAGCUACAUCCCUUUGACGAUCAGGUGGCUUGAUAGAGCCUACCUGUUCUGUCGUCUCGCUCCCGAAGCAAGUUGCAUCCAUUACAUUGAGUCUCUGUACUGUCUGAGAGAAAAGUAGGAAUAAUAAAUUUCUUGUCCCGUUCUCUGUUACUUUAUAUCCUCCACCACUUUCUCUUUCCUCCUUUCCCCCCUCCCUCCUCCCUUAUUUUACUUUCGUCCCUUUCUCGCUUUCCCCAUUUUUUGUUACUGAAGGUCCUUCCCUCUUCUCUCCUAGUGGAUGCAUGCAGUCUGAUUCCUUAAAUUUUUAUUUAAAUUGCAAAAUUUCUACUCAGAUUUUUUUCCCCCCUCUUCCCUAAUUGCUAAGACAUAAGGACAUUCUUUAUUAUGGAACUUUGUUUAUCACAUUUGAAAUGUCUGUUUACAGUGGGAUUUUAGGGGAGAUUGUGUUUAAAUCAAAUAUAUGUAUCUCAAAAAUAAUGACAUGCUCAGCCUUCCUCCUCAUGGGAUAAGAAAACUCUAGAUGAUUUAAAGAAUCCAUGUAAGCCUAAUUUUAAAUUCCUAGUGACUAGAGCAAAGACUUAUUUAUAUAAAAUGGAGUAUUUAUGAACUGUGACACAGAUCAAAUCUCAAUGAAGGGUUGUAGAUUUUUGCUUUUGCUUUUUGUUUUUAAAACUUAUUCCAAUUGCUUAAAUUGGUAGUUUUCCAGUCUUUAUAAAUAUAAGGUUAAAAAAGAUUAUACAGUUAUAUGAAAUGUUUAUUUUCUAUGUGUGUGCAUAUAGUUCAAUAUCAUGCAAUAAAUUUGGUGUUUUAACUUAAAACCAUUUCUUAUUGUACUUGCAGAAUGGACAGUUUGCUUCUACCCAAAUAAUCUCAUAUUCAUAGAAGGUCAAAUUUGGUUCCUGCCAUAAGAAAGUAGAACAAAGUGCUGCAGAAACGGAGAGGACGGCAGGGGCAGGUGGCAGGUGGCAUUGGGCGGGAUGGGCGUUCUGAAGAUGGGGACGGACAAGAAGGCAUUUCUCAUGGAGGGAGAGGGUUUAGCCAGGGCUCCAUCAUGGGGCAUAACAGAGAAGGCCAGGAAUGGUGUGAGGGAAGCGUCCCAGGAAGCAGGAUAACCAUGAUAAAUAAUGAUACAUGAGACUGGGGAGAAAAAGGUAGAUUCGGGGCUAACCAGGCUAAGCAUGGGGACGUUAGCGAGUAGCCAUGUAGGCUUUGUUCAGACAUUCAGAGCCUUGGAGUGAUAAAACCCGAGCCUGGUCCUAAGAAGGAAGAUGCGGAUGGUAUGAAUUUGGAGGAGUCGGAGUGGGAAGGACCAAUCCAAGCAGGGGGUGGCGGGGGUGCUGGAGAGGAGCAACAGGAGCCAUGGGGAGAAGCGAGCGGAGGUGUCGGGAGCUGCAGGGACAAGGGAGGACAAGGGGGGACCAGAGACCUGUGUCGUGACCGAUGAUCAUUCGCCCACUUACACCCAGUGUACGAAACACAGCAAAAACAACAAGUAUUUUCAAUAAAUUGGUAAAACAAGUACAACGUAUUGUUCUGCUAGAUUUAACAGGCGGUUUAAAGGUGGUGAAGAGAACAGUUUUAUUAUUAAGCUCCAUUCAGCAAUCAUUGAUUUUUCUGGGAUGUUUUCCUUUUUCCCGUCAUCAUUUCUUGCUUCCGAAGCCUGAACUCUUCAGGAUGGGCGUUUCUGUAUGUGCCUGUCCACCUACUGACCCUCCCCGCCCUGCAAACCUUUGGACAUGUCUUCACUAUUUCAGUCCUUAACCAAUUUAAUGAAAUUCUUGGGCGACUUCCUUUUCCUGGUUGGGGCUCCAUGGGAGUAUACGAAGGCAAUUAGCAAAUGUUGGGCGUUCUGUCUACUCCGCGUGAAAGCUUUUGGAGGGUGAGCAGUGGUUGGCAAACUGCCGCCCAGCAGCUACAGGUUUUUACGUUUGUAAAAAGGUUGACAAUUGUUGGAAGGCUAUGUUGACAGAGACUGUGUGGCUUACAAAGCCCUAACAUGUUAAUAUCUAGCACUUUACAGAAAAAAUGUGCCGUCCUGUGUGGGACAAGAUUUGCAGGAAUCAUAAUAACUGUGUGGAGAAUCUUCCUGAAGUUUUAGGAGGAACCUGAGUCAUAAUUUGAUGCUGAAUCAGAGAAAACAAGUGUUUGUGCUUUUCUGCCACAGAGGUAAGAAAAAUCAAGUUUUGUUUAAGAUUAACCCACAGAAGUGGCUACUAAGAUUUUUAACGGUAAGAGUAACUGACCCAUAUUGAUGUGUUGGAUGCCAGACCCGGCACCAGUAUUUGCUACGCACUAUCCAGUUUCAUUGCCACCAUGGCCCUCUUGUCUCUGGCAGUUACAGGCUGUGUGGCCUUGGGCAGGUUUCUUGACCUCUCUGUGUCUCAUUUUCUUCCUGUGGAAAAUAAGGACAGAAAUAGUACCUACCUCGUGGAAUUGUUAUGAGGAUUAAAUGAAUUCACGGAAAGCACAUAGAACAAGGCCUAGCAUAUAAUUAGCUCUCAGUCACUAUCAUGAACAAUAUUACCUCAGUUUUUCACAUGAGAAAAUCAACAUUUAGAGAAAAUAACUUGCUCGUUUUCACAGAAUUGUGAGACCUAGACUUGACCGUUAAAUGGUGUCAUGCCCAGCCGCUACAGAGGGACAGAAUGAGGCUGCUCGUUGGCCAUGGGAAAAGGAAGUUCGUGACGUGGCAGGGGACUUCUUUGACCACACAUCUGGAAAGACAUUGCUAGUGGCCAGUGUGCCCUGCUGUGGCCUGAAUGUCUGUGUUCCUCUGAAAUCCACGUGUUGAAACUGACUCUGGAAGGUGCUGAUGUUAGGAGGUGACGAAGAGAGAAUUCUCAUGGCAAGACAGAGCAAGGUCACGGCAAGAAGGCACAAUCUGUGAGAAAGUGGCCCUCACCGGACACCACCAGCGCCUCGGUCUUGGACUUCCCAGCCUCCAGAACCGUGAGAAGUGUAUUUCCGUUGUUCCUAAGUUACCCGGUCUAUGGCGCUUUGUUAUGGGAGCCUGAAUGGACUAAUAAUAGCCAUCCUGACUGAUACAA